GGACGGAUUCACAAAGGAAACAAAGCAAAUGAAGGAAUUCACAUUAACUUCAAGGGUAUGGCUAUUGGAAAUGGGCUUACCAAUCCUGCCAUUCAGUUUGCAGCAGAACCAGAUUAUGCUUUGAGCAUGAGCUUAAUCAAUCAGUCAGAUUAUUAUAAUAUCGAGAAAUUGGUUCCAAAUUGUGUCAAGUCAGCAAAAGCCUGUGAGUCUGGAGGUGGGAAUACUACUUGUGUUUCUUCUUAUGAAACCUGCCAGUCAAUAUUUAACAAAAUAUUGUUGAUUGCUGGUAACAUAAACUAUUAUGAUAUUAGAAAGAAAUGCGAGGGGGAACUCUUCUGCUACGAUUUAUCUGCAAUUGAGAUAUUUCUGAAUGAGAAGUCAGUCAAGGAAGCACUUGGGGUCGGAAACAUAACCUUCGUUUCCUGCAGCACUGAUGUAUACGAUAGGAUGGCGGGAGACUUGAUGAAGAAUCUGGCAGUUGGAAUUCCUGAGCUGCUUGAGGACGGUAUCAGGGUUCUAGUGUACGUUGGGGAGUAUGACCUCGUCUGCAACUGGCUUGGAAAUUCCCGGUGGGUUAAUGCACUGAACUGGUCUGGCCAGAAGGACUUCUUAGCAGCUCCGAUAGUUCCUUUUGUAGCUGGAAACCUGACCUUAAAGGAACUAUGGUCACUGCUCUUAGAUGCUGAGCAUUCAGAUUCUUUGGUUUUGACAAAGUCAUUUGGAGCAUCUCUCCCUCCAGAACUUUACUUGCAUUUUCAGCUGCAUGAAACAUCCCACAGGAAAUAAGUGAUUUGGAUUAAACGCACUUCCAGUUCCAGGCACAAACCUAGGAACAAAAAAGAAGAACAGAUUUGUGCAAAACCACCUAUUUGAGUUUAAGAACCAGAAUAAGACUCCACUCAAGUC